AACCAGGGACUGUAGUCACAUCUCUUGUACUGAGAUGCAGUGCCUUAGACCGCUGUGCCACUCAGGAGCCCGAGAUCUCACCAAUCAGAACUGGUCUACACUAGUAUCAGGAAAAUGCACCGUGUGACCAUCAGACUGUUAUAAUGGCUAUUGUGGACUGGUGAAUAUGGUGUCUUAGUUACUUUGAUCAUGUUUUACUUAUUUAAAGAAUACUAUUUAUUAUUGUACAGGGCACCCUUCUUCAAUCCAGCCCGUCUUCUAUCUGCUCAGCAUAGCACUGGCAGUGCCCACAGGAGCCCCACAGAUACAAGGUGACGGGGAGUGAAAAGAGGACAGAGAGGGGGUGAGAGAGAGAGAUAAAGAGAGGGAAAGAAGGCUACCUGCUAAGCCAGUGAGAGAAGCUUUUAUAUCCGCUCACAGGUCUGGGUAUUCAGCUGCUUGAGGAGAAGACUGGGAGUGUCUGGGUAUUCAGCUGCCUGAGCAGAAGACUGGGAGCGUCUGGGUAUUCAGCUGCCUGAGGAGAAUACUGGGAGUGUCUGGGUAUUCAGCUGCCUGAGGAGAAGACUGGGAGUGUCUGGGUAUUCAGCUGCCUGAGGAGAAGACUGGGAGCGUCUGGGUAUUCAGCUGCCUGAGGAGAAGACUGGGAGUGUCUGGGUAUUCAGCUGCCUGAGGAGAAGACUGGGAGCGCCUUGGUAUUCAGCUGCCUGAGGAGAAGACUGGGAGUGUCUGCGUAUUCAGCUGCCUGAGGAGAAGACUGGGAGUGUCUGGGUAUUCAGCUGCCUGAGAAGCUGCCUGAGGAGAAGACUGGGAGUGUCUGGGUAUUCAGCUGCCUGAGGAGAAGACUGGGAGUGUCUGGGUAUUCAGCUGCUUGAGGAGAAGACUUGGAGUGUCUGGGUAUUCAGCUGCCUGAGGAGAAGACUUGGAGUGUCUGGGUAUUCAGCUGCCUGAUGAGAAGACAGGGAGUGUCUGGGUAUUCAGCUGCCUGAGGAGAAGACUUGGAGUGUGUGUGUGAGUGUGUCUGUGUGUGUGUGCUUGUGUGCUUUGGGAGGGUUCUCUGAGGUGGCCAUUGCGAACAGAAAUCAAGCAGAUCAGUGUUUGGGUGACGGAGAAAGGAGAGAGGGAGAGAAAUAGAGAGAGAGAGACAAGGGAGAGAGGGAGAGAAAUAGAGAGAGAGACACAAGGGGUGGGCCACCGCUUGGAAUUUGUUAAUCUCCGCAAGGCAUGUGUGCUGCACUUGCAUCAUGCAGAUAUCUUUCUUCAUUUUUCCUCACUAGAUGGGAUUGUUUGGAAUGGGAUGCAGAAAAACACUGAUGCCCUUUUUGGCAUGUUAUACGACAACUAGGGUGUAUGGCAGAUAAGUUAUUUGGGAAGCGGCUGCUGCAGGCUGGGAGGUACAUCAUGUCUCAUAAGUCCUGGAUGAAGACCGUGCCCACUGAGAACUGUGACGUCCUCAUGACUUUCUCAGACCGGACAGAUGACCACACGUUGCUAUGGCUACUAAACCACAUGCGCCUGGGCAUUCCAGAACUCAUCGUCCAGAUCCGACAUCACAAACACACGCAUGUACACGCCUUCUUCGUCACGGCAACAUAUGAGAAUUUGUUGCGCGGGGCAGAGGAGAUGGGUCUGAGGAAGUCAUUGAAGCCAGAGUUUGGGGGAGGAACACGCAGCUUCUCCUGUGAAGAAGACUACAUCUAUGAGAACAUUGAGAGUGAACUAUGCUUCUUCACAUCACAGGAGAGGCAGAGCAUUAUCAAGUACUGGCUCGACAAUCUACGAGCCAAGCAGGGGGAGGUGCUUCAUAACAUACACUUCCUGGAGGGACAGCCAAUCAUCCCAGAGCUGAGUGGGCGGGGUGUGAUCCAGCAGGUGUUUCCUCUCCAUGAGCAGAGGAUCCUCAGUCAGCUGAUGAAGUCCUGGGUGCAGGCCGUGUGUGAGAAACAGCCACUAGAUGAUAUUCGUGACUACUUUGGGGUGAAGAUAGCCAUGUACUUCGCCUGGCUGGGGUUCUACACCACGUCUAUGCUGUAUCCUGCUGUCAUCGGCUUCGUGCUCUGGGUUCUCACCGAGUCUGACCAGACGAGUCGUGAUAUCUGCUGUGUGGUGUUUGCCCUGUUUAACGUGGUGUGGGCCACUCUCUUCUUGGAGAGGUGGAAGAGAAGGGGGGCGGAGCUGGCCUAUAAGUGGGGUACGCUGGACACCCCUAACGAGUCCCUAGAGGAACCACGGACGCAGUUUAGGGGUGUGAAGCGGUGCAGCCCCAUAACAGGCUGUGAGGAGUUUUACUACCCACCAUGGAGGAGGAGGGUGUUCAGGUGGCUGGUCAGCCUGCCCAUCUGCAUCCUGUGUCUCUGCUUUGUGUUCCUGGCCAUGCUCCUCUGCUUCGAACUGCAGGAGUUUGUUAUGGGGAUCAAAGAAGUGCCUCGUCUGGCCCGGUUCAUCCCUAAGAUCAUGCUGGCCAUCACUGUGACCGCCUGUGACGAGGUGUACAGGAAGAUAGCCUACUGGCUCAAUGACAUGGAAAACUAUAGACUCCAGAGUGCCUAUGAGAAACAUCUCAUCAUUAAAUUGGUUCUUUUUCAGUUUGUUAACUCUUAUCUCAGCCUUUUCUACAUUGGAUUCUACCUCAAAGACAUGGAGCGUCUGAAAGAGAUGCUGGCCACCCUGCUGAUCAUCCGCCAUUUUGUCCAGAACGUGAAGGAGGUGAUGCAGCCUUACCUGUACGAGCGCCACAAGCUGGGCGAGCUCACCCUGCGCAGUGUCUGGGAUCUGAUCCUCUCAGCCCUGCUCAAGUACUGCAGGCUGGCCGCAGGAAAGCCCCAGGCUUCACCCACCGACCAGGCCAUGCCGGGCCCUGGCCUGAGGGGAACCAGACCAGGGGUGGGACAGCCUGAGCGCAGGGAGAAGAAGUGUCUGAACGGGGGAUGUGGGGUGCCUGAAGAGGAGGAGGGAGAGAGGGAGGAGGGGGACAGUGGGAGGUUCAGUGAGGGAGAGAAUGAGGAAUCGUCUGAGAGUCUGAUAGACUGUGGCCUCAAGCUGAGGAAGGUCAGCUUCAUAGAGAAGAGGGACAGGAAGUCGUCUGGAGGGGGCUGCGUCCCCACAAUGGAGGACAGUUUCCUGGAGGACGGCAGCCCCACUAUGGUGGAGAAGGGGAUGGAUCCGGCAUCGGUGUUCGAGACAUAUGAUGAUGACGAUGACAAUGGCGUCACUGAGACAAAGGACACGGGAGUUUCGGCCAAUGAGAGUAUGGCGGCUGCCCCGCUGCCUUCUGGGCCAGAGAGCACGGUGACGGUGCGUCAUCGCAGAAGGCAGAGGAGUUUGGAGAGGGCAGACUCUAAAACCAAGCGGGAGUCAUGGAUCGACCCGCCAGAGGAGCAGGAGAGUACGAGUCUGGCACAAGCUGAGAUAGAGAGCUGCAUGCAGACAUAUGAGGACACCUUCCAGGACUACCAGGAGAUGUUUGUCCAGUUCGGCUACGUGGUUCUCUUCUCCUCAGCCUUCCCCCUGGCGGCCAUGUGUGCCCUCAUCAACAACAUCAUCGAGAUCCGCAGCGAUGCCUUCAAGCUCUGUACCGGCCUGCAGAGACCCUUCGGCAAGAGAGUGGAGAGCAUCGGACAGUGGCAGACGGCGAUGGAGGCCAUGGGUCUGAUCGCCAUCAUAGUCAACUGUUACCUGAUUGGUCAGUGUGGUCAGCUGCAGCGCCUCUUCCCCUGGCUCAGCCCUGAGAUGGCCAUCAUCUCCAUUGUCAUCCUUGAGCACUUUGCCAUCCUGCUGAAGUACAUCAUUCACGUAGCAAUCCCAGACAUCCCCAGCUGGGUGGGGGAGGAGAUGGCCAAACUGGAGUACCAACGCAGGGAGGCUUUUAAGAAGCACGAGCGGCAGGCGCAGCAGCACUAUCAACAGCUACAGAGGAGGAAGAGAGAGGAGGAGGAGAGGCAGAGGCAGACGGAGCACCAGGCUCGCAGGGAGAGGGAGAGAGAUGAGGGGAAGGACUCCUCCGGGGGAGACCACCACCACGACAAGAGCCACGGGGGGAAGUCCCGCUCUGGAGGGGGUGGAGGUGGGGACAAGCCCAAGAGGCCCAGCUCCCUCCUGGCCAACAACAACGUGAUGAAGCUCAAACUGAUCACCCCCUUACAGAGCAAGUUCUCCUCCGGCAGCGCGCGCUCCCCUCAGUCUCCCACCGGAAACGAACCCAAGCUCCCCGGGUUCCUCAGCUUCAAAUUCCUCAAGUCGCCUGAGAAUAAGAAGGAAGCGGCUGCUGCCGCUGCAGCCACGGCAACGAAUACCACGACGACCGCGACCGCCCCCGGCGGUAACCAGGAGCGGUCUCAGUCGCCGAGCAAGUCGUUCAACCCUGGGAAACUGUUUAACUUUGGGAAGUCGGAGGGGGGCUCCUGUGUGAAUGGGUCCCAGUUACCCCGACCAGGGGAGGGUUCCCAGGGAUCUGACAAACAGCUCACCAAGUCUGACCUGAAUGGGGUGCCGGACGAGAUCCCCUCGCCUGGAGGGGAUGAGGGGGAGAACGGACACCACACAGACUCCUCAGACCCGAAAGUCUAGGCUCUCUUUGGAUAGGGAGAUGACAAACUGCUAUGAGAACUUAACUUAAUAUAUCUACUAGAAGGAGAAACGUAUGGGGAGAAAAGGUCAAGCCUCUCUCUGUGCUGUCUGGAUCUGAGGUUGUGUAUGUAGACGCUGCCUGGGGGCUGCAGAGGGGGGAGGACUAAUGGUAAUGAUGAUGGGAUGUGUGGGUCUGCAUUGUUGCUGUUGCCGAGAGACUUUCAGGCUUAAUGGUGAAGACAUAACCCACCCUUUUACCCGUGGCCACACACACACACACACACACACACACACACACACACACACACACACACACACACACACACACACACACACACACACACACACACACACACACACACACACACACACACACACACACACACACACACACACACACACACACACACACACACACACAAUCCUCUUUUGUCUGCAAUACAUAUAGAAAUGCAUGAGCUGCAUUUCUGAUACUUUCCGAGCAUUUUCCAAAAAAAGGGAGAGCAGUGUUUCUUGAUUUAUUCUAUUCUGAAAAUUGUAAGCAUCCUGGCGGCCAUCUUGCCACUGAAACAUAACAUCCUGGUUUGGAGUUCAGAAGAAAAAAAAUGGAUUGGUGUGUGUGAAUCAAAAGCAUAAUGAGACCUUUCCCAGUCACCACACAACGGUGGCCUGAUAUCAGACUCAUUUUUAACUGUGACGGCCGAUCGGCUUUUCUACUUAUACGAACCGGCUGUGCUAGCCGAGCAAUAUCAAAUCAGUGUUUCAAAUCUGAGCAGUACUGCAAAACACGUCCAGUUCUUUGUUUUUCACCCACACUCCCAUCUGAAGGCAUACGUGAGCAGUCAUGAGUUUUGUAUAUACAGUACAUCCCAUGAAAACAACGGCAAUAUCUGAAGUGUAUGUCUGACACAGUGUGUGGGAAACAGGAUGUUGUGUUUGACAUUGUGAAAGGCAAAGAUGAAAAUCGUUUGAUAAAAGACAGGCUCUGUCUUGCAUCAGUAUGAGAGAGAGAGAGAGAGAGAGAGAGAGAGAGAGAGAGAGAGAGAGAGAG